AUGGGGUUCUCCAAGUUGGCACUUCUGACCCUUCCAGCCCUCUUGGCCCUGAUCAGCCUGUCUCAUGAGGCGGAGAAGGUGCCCAUACUGAACAUUGCAGUGAUCCUGGGACGCACGCGCUACAUCUCCGACAGGGAUAUCCGGGCCCUGUGGAGCAAGGAUGACCCCAUCGACGUCAACGUGGUUACCCUGCUGGUGAACGAGACGGACCCAAAGAGCAUCAUCACCCACAUGUGCGACCUCAUGUCGGGCACCAAGAUCCACGGGGUCGUGUUUGGGGACGGCACCGACCAGGAAGCCAUUGCCCAGAUUUUGGAUUUUAUUUCCUCCCAGACGUUGAUACCCAUCCUUGGGAUCCAUGGAGGAUCGUCCAUGAUCAUGGCGGACAAGGACGUGAAGUCCACGUUCUUCCAGUUCGGAGCGUCCAUCCAGCAGGAGGCGCUCCUGAUGCUCAACAUCAUGGAGGAGUACGACUGGCACGUCUUCUCCAUCGUGACCAGCAAGUUCCCCGGCUACCUGGACUUCAUCACCAUCCUCAAGACCACGGUGGAGAACAGCUUCGUGGGCUGGGACCUGCAGCACAUCAUCACGCUGGACGCGGUCGACGGCGACAGCAAGUCGCAGAUCAUGCUCAAGAAGGUCCAGUCGCCGGUCAUCCUGCUCUUCUGCUCCAAGGACGAGGCCGUCUACAUCCUGGAGGAGGGCCGCUCGCUGGGGCUCACCGGCUACGACUACAAGUGGAUCGUGCCCAGCCUGACCACGGGCAACCCGGACAUCACCCCGGACGAGUUCCCCUCUGGGAUGGUGUCCGUCUCCUACGACGACUGGGACUACCCCUUGGAGGCGCGCGUGCGCGACGGCCUUGGGAUUAUUACCACGGCGGCGGUGGCCAUGCUGGAAGAGUACGGGGACAUUCCGGAGGCCAAGACCAGCUGCUAUGGCCCCAUGGAGAAGGCCAAGUUGCCAGCCAGCGCUUUGCACAAGUACAUGAUGAACGUGACCUGGGACAACAGGGACUUGUCCUUCACGGAAGACGGCUACCAGGAGCACCCCAAGCUGGUGGUCAUCGUCCUCAACAAGGACAGAGAGUGGGAGAAGAUGGGUAAGUGGGAGAACCGGACCCUGACGCUGAAGUUCCCCGUGUGGCCGCGCUACAACGCGUUCGGCGACGCCGAGCCCGACGACAAUCACCUGAGCAUCGUGACGCUGGAGGAGGCGCCCUUCGUCAUCGUGGAGAACGUGGAGCGGCGCACCGGCACCUGCAUGAGGAACUCGGUGCCCUGCCGCAAGUACAUCAAAGACAACACGACUGAGGGAGGCGGGACCUACAUCAAAAAGUGCUGCAAGGGCUUCUGCAUCGACAUCCUGAAGCGCAUCGCCCGGAACGUCAAGUUCACCUACGACCUGUACCUGGUGACCAACGGCCGGCACGGCAAGAAGAUCAACAACGUGUGGAACGGCCUGGUGGGAGAGGUGGUGUACAAGAAGGCUGUGAUGGCUGUCGGCUCAUUGACGAUCAAUGAGGAGCGAUCCGAGGUCAUUGAUUUCUCCGUCCCCUUCGUGGAAACAGGGAUUAGCGUGAUGGUAUCCCGGAGCAACGGCACCGUCUCCCCGUCAGCGUUUCUGGAACCUUUCAGUGCAUCCGUGUGGGUGAUGAUGUUUGUGAUGUUGCUGCUGGUCACCGCCAUGGCUGUCUUCCUAUUCGAGUACGUCAGCCCACUGGGAUUCAACAGGAACCUGGCCCAGGGCAAAGACCCGCACGGCCCCUCGUUCACCAUGGGCAAGGCGGUGUGGCUACUCUGGGGCCUGGUGUUCAACAACUCCGUGCCGGUGCAGAACCCCCGAGGCACCACCAGCAAGUUCAUCGUGUCUGUCUGGGCCUUCUUCGCUGUCAUCUUCCUGGCCAGCUACACUGCCAACCUGGCCGCCUUCAUGAUCCAGGAGGAGUUCGUGGACCAGGUCACUGGUUUGAGUGACAGGAAGUUCCAGAGCCCGUACUCCUACUCGCCCCCGUUCCGCUUCGGGACCGUCCCCAACGGGAGCACGGAGAGGAACAUCAGGAAGAACUACCCGGACAUGCACCAGUAUAUGGUCAAGUACCACCAGACCGGGGUGCAGGAUGCACUGGUCAGCCUUAAGACUGGUAAACUGGACGCGUUCAUCUACGACGCGGCCGUGCUGAACUACAUGGCCGGCCGCGACGAGGGCUGUAAGCUGGUCACUAUCGGCAGCGGCUACAUCUUUGCCACCACUGGCUACGGCAUCGCCCUGCAGAAGGGCUCCUACUGGAAACGGGAGGUGGACCUGGCCAUAUUAGCCAUCAUUGGAGAUGGUGAGAUGGAGGAGCUGGAGGCCCAGUGGCUGACCGGCAUCUGCCACAACGAGAAGAACGAGGUGAUGAGCAGCCAGCUGGACGUGGACAACAUGGCGGGCGUCUUCUACAUGCUGGCCACCGCCAUGGGCCUGAGCCUCAUCACCUUCGUGUGGGAGCACCUGUUCUACUGGCGCCUGCGCUACUGCUUCACCGGGGUCUGCUCCGGCACGCCCGGCCUGCUCUUCAGCAUCAGCAGGGGCAUAUGGAGCUGCAUCCACGGCGUGCACAUCGAGAUGAAAAAAAAGUCCUCCGACCUGGACUUCAGCCCGCAGGCCAACAUGCUGAAGCUGGUCAAGUCGGCCAAGCAGAUGACCAACAUGACCAAUUUGAGCGCCUCGCGCAUCAACUCGCCCAAGCGCGCCGCCGAGUACAUGCACUCGGCCAGCCCCAUGAUCAUGGACAUGAUGGCGGAGAAGGGCAACUUCAUCUACACCGACAAUCGGAGCUACACCCCAAAGGACAUGAUCUACGGCGACACUGGCGACCUGCAGACCUACCUGGCCAACCGCCACAAGGACCACCUCAACAACUACAUUUUCCAGGGCCAGCACCCCCUCACUCUGAACGAGACCAACCCCAACACGGUGGAGGUGGCUGUGAGUGCCGACGCCACGCAGACUAACGCCAAGCCCCGGGCCCUGUGGAAGAAGUCGGUGGACACCAUGAGGCAGGGCCCGGGCCCCGACACCUUGGCCCCGGACCCCCGGCUGUCCAUGAAGAGCCAGCGGUACCUGCCGGAGGACGCGGCCCACUCCGACAUCUCCGACUGCUCCAGCAGGGCCGCCUCGUACAAGGAUCCGGACAACGGCAAGCACCUGAAGCCCAAGGACAACUUAAAAAAAAGAUCGAUGACGUCAAAAUACCCUAGGGAUUGCAGCGAGGCCGAGCUGUCCUACUUAAAGACUAAGCAGGGCGCGCCGACUCGCGACAAAAUCUACACCAUCGACUCUGACCGGGAGCUGAGCCUGCACUCGGAUCCGCUGCACUACAGGGAGAGCCGGGGCCUGGCCGCCGACGAUUUGGACUUCCCCGAGAUGUACUCCGACCACAACGACAACUACCGCAAGUGCGACCAGCCCAUCAUCCACCUCAACAGCAGCCCCCUGCACCACGGCGACUCCGACCUGCUCCCCGACAACGCCUACAACAAGCACUACAGCAGCGUCAAGGACAAGAGCAUGAGCCCGCACGAGAGCAACGACCACUACAAGCAGACGCACUGCCGCAGCUGCCUCUCCAAGGUGCCCAACUACCCCGCCGCCACCCCCGGGCCGUACACGGGCCCCCUCCGCUCCCCCUACAACCGCUGCGAGGCGUGCCUGCACAUGGGCAACCUCUACGACAUCAGCGAGGACCAGAUGCUCCAGGAGGCCAUCCUCAGCCCCAGCAUGCACCAGGCCGACGACAUGUUCGGCAGCUACUGGCCGCAGACGGACGGGCCGCACGUCCAGAAGCGCAACCGGCUGCGGCUCAGCCGCCAGCACUCCUUUGACAAUAUCAUGCUGGAGAAGCCCAAGGAGAUCGACCUGAACCGGCCGGCCCGCAGCGUCAGUCUCAAGGAGAAGGACCGCUUCCUGGAGGACAGCCCGUACGCCAACAUGUUCAGCUUCAAGUCCGACAAACUGUUCGGCAGCCGCUCCAUGCUCUUCAACCACAACCUGGAGGAGAGCAAGCGCAGCAAGUCGCUCUACCCCGACCACACCUCAGACAAUCCUUUCAUGCACUCUUUACGAGACGACACGCGCCUCUUCCACGGUCGCAGCUCCUCGGACAUUUACAAACAGUUAGCCCCCAUCAAAACACGAAACGAAAACAAUCUGCGGUCCUCCGUUAAGUCCACUGCGUCAUACUGCUCCAGGGAUGGCCGAAUACCCAAGGACAUGUACUUUACAGAGCAUGUAAUGCCUUAUGUAGCCAACAAGACCAGUGCAUACUCAGCUCCCCGGGUCCUCAAUUCAGCGCAGUUCAGCAAUAGAAGAGUGUAUAAGAAGAUACCUAGUCUUGAGUCAGAUGUUUAACGGCCUCUUUGUGUAGUUUAAAAGACAUAUAUACAUAUAUAUAUAUAAAUAUACAGUAUAUUCACUUAGGAUGCCAUAGCCACCUCCAUCUUAAAAUCAAAAAAAGUACCCGAAGUACUCUCUUUGCAGAUAUCACAUCCUUGUAAUGAAACAAGUUGGCCGCAUGGUGCUUGCCAAAGGUUUUCAGCAUUUUAAAAGUUACCCAGUCGGGG